GGGUUUUUUGCACCUUCUUGUAAAAAGAGCAGAUUGGUGUGAUGUCGCGACUGUUUCGUUUUCGUCACGUACAUGGGAUAAAUGGUAUUAUCCUCGAGUCCAAACACGUUUACAGAUACGUCGUUCUGUCUUUCGAACUUUUGUACUUGGGAGAUGGAGACUGGAUAUUGGAUACCCGUCAUGUCUAGUUCGCUUUCGUACAUCUCGUAAUGAGAGAUGCGUUCGGGAGAGGUAUCGGUGGGAUGGAGGGAUGCCAAAAUGGACCAUAAGAAACAUUUUUCGUCACGAUUCAAGACAUUGACUAAUUUAUGAGUUCUGAAAGUAGUUGGAGUUGGUAUGUAAGAAGAACCACUCAAUGGUGAGUAUUUUGCAACAUGUAUUUCUAAUUUUAUGAUUUUCUUGAGUACCCAUGCAGACCCUUUACGUACAAACUCCUCAAAUGAGGCAAACAUUUUCUGAUAAGCUGUAUUGACGUCGUGUUCUAGAUCAGAUUCAUUUGGCAUUAAUAUAUAUGCUUUACUCAAGAAAUGUGGGGUGGUCUGUACUACAUUACCUUCUCUAGUUUCCUUUUCCAAAGACACACGAAUGUUAAGAUACCACUUAAUUCCUUUCAAUCUCUCACACAACCGUUUUAAAUGAUACAUCACUUCCGUUUUGGAGCUGGCAAAAAAUGUGAGUAUGUCACCAUCGUCACUGAAAUUUGGAUAUAUGUUUCUCACGUUAGCAUUUCCUUGCAAGCUCACAUCGUCCGAAUGGGUAUGUUCUCCCGUUGGUUGAGAACCGGUGGGAUCCGGCUGUGGCGACUGGACGUCGGACGGACCCGGCUGCGGCGACUGGACGUCGGACGGACCCGGCUGCGGCGACUGGACGUCGGACGGACCCGGCUGUGGCGACUGGACGUCGGACGGACUCGGCUGUGGGCGACUGGACGUCGGACGGACCCGGCUGUGGCGACUGGACGUCGGACGGACCCGGCUGUGGCGACUGGACGUCGGACGGACUCGGCUGUGGCGACUGGACGUCGGACGGACCCGGCUGUGGCGACUGGAUUCUCGAAGGUUUCUCUGAAAUUGGGGAGGCGUGGUCUUAUUAAAGCAAGUUUUCCGCCUCGCUGACUUUUUGUUUUUCUGCGCAUGCUCCGUUUGAGUGACACAGGCUCCCUAUUGAUCGAUUCUAGACUGGGCUCGUGGAUUGCGUCAGGCGUAUCAGG